CAUUGGAAUCAGUCGAAUGAGAUUGCUCAAACAUUUUGUUGUUUUCCUUUUUGUUUUUAUUUGACAGAUACGUAUACAGUAAGACACUCGCCACGAAAAUUUUAUGUAUGGUUUAUAACAUAGAGAAAAUAUGAAGUUUAUGGACAUUAUAGAUUGUCUUUUGAGGGCUGUUCAGUGGCUCCCAGUUUUGGUUAUAUUUUCUAUCGUUUUGUGGUCUUAUUAUGCUUAUGUUGUCGUCUUAUGUGUCAAAACUGUUGAUAACAAUGUAGAAAGAGUGGUAUACAUAUUGUUUUAUCAUCUGUUUUUUGUGAUGUUUGUUUGGUCAUACUGGAAGACAAUUCUCACAUCCCCAGGCCGAAUACCAUUACAGUUCCACUUAUCACCAACAGAGCAACAAAAUUUAGAAGAAGCUGAAAAUCAGCACUCUGUUCUUGAAAACAUAGCAAGGAAGUUACCUGUAAAAACCCAAACUCAUUCAAAUACUGUUCGCUAUUGUGAGAUAUGCCAUACUGUGAAACCUGACAGAAGUCAUCACUGUUCAAUGUGCAAGACUUGUCGCCUAAAGAUGGAUCAUCAUUGUCCAUGGGUUAAUAAUUGUGUUGGUUUCCGAAAUUAUAAGUUCUUCCUGCUCUUUCUAUUCCAUGCGAUUCUUUAUACAUUCUUUAUUGCAAUGACCUGUUUGCAAUAUUUUAUUAAAAUUUGGACACAUAUAAGCAAAGGAGGAGCUGGUCGUCUACACAUCUUGUUCCUUUUUUUCGUUUCAAUAAUGUUUAGUAUCAGUUUAUGGACUCUGCUUGGAUAUCAUAUCUACCUUGUAAUCGUCAAUAGAACCACGUUAGAAUCAAUGCGGCCUCCAGUGUUUCGUGUUGGAGGUGCUGAUAAAAAUGGUUUUAAUCUGGGAUCACGUAAUAAUAUACGACAAGUGUUUGGUAGAAGACGUUGGUUGUGGUGUUUUCCUGUUUACACCAGUAUGGGUGAUGGCAUUGUGUUCCCACUGCGUGAAGAGUCGUCCCCUGAAAGAUUGGAUUUACUCAAUGAACGAAGUAAAUUGAUGGAUGACAGUGACGAUGGUGAAGUUGAUGAUAAUGAUCGCUAUACCUAUGUUGAGAAUAUUGAUGAAACUGCGGAUUCAGAGAGAGCUAUUGUACGGACGCCAGAUGUACUUACUCUUAAUUAGGUCCUAUUCUUAGAAUAAUUAAAUGAAUGCGGCAAAGAAUGAAUAGUGAAAUAUUUAAUCCGGGCUAAUCCAGACUUUCAUCACUCCGAGGUAAACUUAUUUAGACAUUCUCGCCGAAAUGAAAUAUUUGUGAACAGCCAGAUAAAUCAAUGUAAAUACUCCAGUUUAGUACUUCUUCAGUUAUAUAUGACAAACGCUUUUUGUGUAUUUUAUUACCGGUUUAACAAUAGGAUAUUUGUACCAAGUGCUGUGCGCUAGGACCAACAGGUUGACAUUCAACCUUUACAUCGAAUCUUCAAGUGUUGUAAAAUCAUUGAAAUAUAGAAAAAAAAAUUAAAAA